UCGGGAGAAGCGUCCUGCAGCCAGAGGAUCUGGGUCUCAUCCUCAGAGGAAAGACGGCUUUGUGCAGGUCUGCUCCAACCUGAGAGAGACUUCUCAGUGUUUGGUCAGCGACAGCGGUUCCUGGAAAAGAUCGGAAUCGUUCUCUCUCUAACCAAACCCAGCUGUGGAGCGGUGCGCGCCGCAGUGCGGGUGCGUGCUUGUGUGAGUGAAGGAGGUAGGCAGAGAAAGGCUUUCCUGUGCUCCCUCUUCCAAAAGAGAGAUAGGAAGUAAGGAAGGAAAAAAAAGUUUGGUCUUGUUCUCCUCUUGACUCUUAUUUUAGGAAUGGACGCCGAGACUUGCAUUUCAUACUGCGACAUGACAUCCAUGGAUUCAUAUUAUAGCCCAUCUGCUGCUGCGCAAAGUAGGGAUCACCAGCCGGACCACUUUAGGACGUUUCCAGCUACUGACACCAAAUACAGCCCCACUUCCUUCCUGCCCAACAAAGGUCAGGCUUACGGAGAAAAGUCCAGGAGCCCCUUCGAGCAGGAGUGCCAAUCAUUGGAUGCCACCGCAGCUGGGCAAGGCUCUUUCAGCAAAUACCAUCUCUUCAUGCACAGGUCUUCUUGCAAAACACCCCCAGAAGACGACAAACUGCAGCAAGAAAGAGGACCCAACGGAGUCCUCCCGUGCUAUGCAGGUAAAGAUAGCUCUGGUCUGACUGACUCGGACUUGGCUCCAGACUCUGACCCGGCUGGAAUGGACAACAGAUACUUGUCCGUGAAGGAUCCGAGUGUGAAGGCAGGUUCUGAUCGUCCGCCGGGCCAUGACUUAGCCAGCACGCUGGACAAGCCUGAUGGCAGCGAAAGCAACAAAGGCAAGAAGAGACGCAAUCGCACCACCUUCACCAGCUAUCAGCUGGAAGAGCUGGAGAAGGUUUUCCAGAAGACGCACUAUCCAGAUGUUUACGCGCGGGAACAGCUGGCACUGAGGACUGAUCUGACUGAAGCCCGUGUGCAGGUGUGGUUCCAGAACCGCAGAGCAAAGUGGAGGAAGAGGGAGCGUUUUGGCCAGAUGCAGCAGGUCCGAACACAUUUCUCAACUGCUUAUGAGCUUCCUCUUCUAACACGUCCAGAGAACUACGCACAGAUUCAGAACCCGUCUUGGCUCAGUGGCAGCAGUGCUGCGUCUCCCGUUCCAGGCUGUGUUGUGCCCUGCGACACUAUUACCCCCUGCAUGACUCCUCACCCCCACUCUGCCAGCGGGGUCUCUGACUUCCUGGGUGUUCCCAGCCCCGGGGGUCACAUGGGACAGCCUCACAUGGGCAGCCUGUUUGGCGGAUCCCCCGGUAUCAACACGUACGAUCUCAACAUGGACCCUGACCGCAAGUCCUCCAGUAUUGCAGCUUUGCGCAUGAAAGCCAAAGAGCACAGCGCAGCCAUUUCUUGGGCCACAUGAUGGGAUGAUCAGGGACUGUGCUGACGAUGCUGUAGCAUCUGUGAAGAGCGAAGCAGCAACACCAACAGAAAUGCUGCAUCUAGAUCCUUCUGUAAUGGAAAUAUGCAGAGACGGCAGUUUGUGUCUCUGAGUCAGUUCCUACAGGGUAACCUGGUGGGUAGAGAUGAAAAUUGUCAGAAUUUCAGACAAACAUAUGCACUUAUUUGCUCAAAUACAAAAAAUUUUGUUUGGGACAGUUUGGAUUUUACUUUGUUAUUUAAAUUUAAAAGUGUUCAUGUUUUUCCUUUCAGCUGAAUAUUUUUUUUUAAUUCAAAAUUCAGUUGGUUUACUGUUCCAUCCAUUUCACAGUGAUCCUCAUCAUUGACCCAGGAAAAAUCUGAGUUAUUUUAUGGUAAAAAAAACAACAACAACAACACAGCAACACUAAUGAAACAAACGCAUAAAAACAUAGGAUUUGGUGAGAUCUGGUCAUUUUAGUUUGUGAGGGAUCCACCUGCUUCUGCCAGAGAGAAAAAGAGAUUGAGGAGGAAACAUGGGAGGAGCAAAUAGAUGCUUCACGUUGCUUUUCUGGCAGGCUUCGGGCAAAAGUGAUGCCUAUUAGUUGUGUAAACAGCCAGAAACGACACAGGAACCAGAAGACACCCUCUUGAGGCUGUGAGGGUUUGGAGGACUAUUCAUUCAUCACUUUGUUUUGGUUUCAUUUACAUGUCAGAGAAAGCCAUAAACUAAACCGCUGUCAUAAACCUCUCAUGAGAUUUCAGAUCAGAAGCUGUAAAAGUCAAAACAUCUUCUGAAACAUACAAUUUCCAUAACAUUUCUCUCACAUGAAUACAAAAGCAGCAUUUAAAGUUUUUUUUUCUAAAGACACAUUCUCUUCUCUUCAUAUUCUUUCAGGUUCCUUCAUAUGUACAGUAUUUUUUCUUACUAAUAGCCCAUAAAAACUGAAUGUUUUUUCUGACAUCAGACGUCACUUUUUGGCAGCUUCAUUACUGCAUCAGUACUUUAAAAGCUUCUGUCACUUCAGCAGCUUUAAAACCGAAUACCACAGACAAAGCACUUUUGUUUUCAACCUCAUAACUCUGUUUUCAUGUUUUUUCUUUUUUCCUGUUAAAAAAAUCUCACAGAUAAAAUCAGAAUCUAGAUUUUGGGUCAUUUCCUGAUAGCUUUUCUAAAUUUCAAUUGCUGAAAAAAAAUAUGAACAAAGUUAAUACAUAAUCAAAGACAUUUCUGCUGUUUUAGACAUUUUUUAACUUGAAAAAAAAUAAUCUGUGUCUUCUUUAAUCUGCGAGAUGUGGUUUAUGGAGGGUCCUCAGAUAAUGUUAAAAGAAAUCAUGUGACUCCUGAGUAUUAUUGGAGUAAUUUCUACUCGUGUUACUAUUUGAACAACAUGUUUCAAGGGCUUUGAGAGUAAAGAAAAUAAUCCAGACUAAGUUGGGCUGUAACCAUUUUUCUCAUAUUUUAUAGGGAAUGUUGUUGACAAAAUGAAUUGUUUUGUUUCAGGUGAUGACUUCCUUUAGAGACACUAACAGCAAAUUAGUUCUUCCAUCACAAAGUCCUAUAUUUUAUUUUAUUUUUAGCAGAUUGUGUUCUCUAGGGAGAAGCAGCCAUCCUUCAUUCCCUAAAAUGAACCCCAUUUUUUCCUUAUUUUGUAAGAGCCGAUAUGAAAAGUCAUUCAAGCAUGUGCAUGUAUAGACGACAGAUCUUACAAGACAGGGAUAAAUCCUUUCAGAUGGGUCCGUGGGGGCCCGAUGAGGGGGUGGUCGGAGGGUGAGCCGUGAGGGCGUCUGCUGUGUUCCGGUGUUCUGGGAAAAAGGACAGUGCACACAGCUGUGCUCAGGGGGUAAAUGCAAAACAAACAUGCCUCACACAUGCUCCCCCCCCCCCCCCCCCUCAGCUGUCAAAGCUCUACUUUCAAAGAUGCACCCCUCCUAUCACACACCACACUGUGCCUCUCCCUUCAUUCACUUCCACCGCGUCCACCAGCCUAAAGCUGCACUGUCGAAAGCACAGCCGCGCCAAGAAGGCUUUUUAAUUAACACUGAGCCUUGUGGAGGAUUGUAUGUCAGGAUGGACGGGACCGUCUGUGCAUCACUCCGUUUUCCAGAGAUUGUUCCCCUGCAGAAAAACAAAACAAAAACAAUGGCACUGCUCAGGUUUACUGAACUUUUUUUUUUCCAGCAUGGACUGAAACAUGAUGUGGAACUUGGUACAUACAUCAAUUCAAUCAUGUUUUAGGCACUUCUGCAUGACUCCAGCCUUGAUUGAUCUUUUUAUGUCAAACUUUCUCAUAAUUUUUAUACUACUGAACUUCAGUAAAGAAGAUGCAAACAUGUGCUCUGUUGUGCAUGAAAAGUGGACUGAAGUGUCACGAGACUUUUGGUUUAUUUUGACUCAAUGUAUCAAGUAUUGGAGUGCAUCACUUUUCUGAAAUGUGUGUAAUAAUUGUUUUAAAUGUGUUUGAACUGUUUUUCCCUUCUCUUUAUAUGCAAUCUUCUCAUGUUUGUGUAACUUUCGAAUUAAGAGCAUGAAUCUGCUGGUUUGUUUUGUGAUUAAAGGUCAAUAAGUUAUUGCAA